GUGUGAGUGUGUGUGAGAGAGAGAGAGAGCUUCACACGCGGUCAGUUUGCGGAAGUGAAGGUAUCGGGAGCUGAUUACGGGCAGAGACUGUGCCACCCCCUGACAUUCCUGCACACUUCCGCGUUGCCGCUGCGCUGUCGCCCUGUGUGUGUGUGUUGUGUGUGUAUGUGUGUGUGUGUGUGUGUGCGUGUGUGUGUGUAUGUUCGCGAGGUGUGAGAGACUGAGUGACUGUUUACUUUGAGGCGGCCGCCUCUCUCCGGGAGUGUGUGGAGAGCCGCGGGAAAGGCCGGUUAUUUCUCCCCUCCCCGGAGUCUGUGAGCCCCCUCCUGCCCGGACUGGACCCUAUACCAUGAGAAGAUGGAGAAGAUGUCCAGCUUCCUCCACAUCGGGGACAUCGUGUCCCUUUACGCCGAGGGAACUGUCAAUGGCUUCAUCAGCACGCUGGGGUUAGUGGAUGACAGAUGCGUGGUGCAGCCAGAAGCCGGAGACCUGACCAAUCCUCCAAAGAAAUUCCGAGACUGCCUUUUCAAGGUAUGCCCUAUGAACCGUUACUCAGCACAGAAGCAGUUCUGGAAAGCCAAACAGUCCAAGCAGGGCAACACCGAAGCUGCGUUGCUGAAGAAGCUGCAGCAAGCAGCCGAGCUGGAACAGAAGCAGAAUGAGAUAGAGAAGAAGAAACUGCUGGGAGAGGUUGUGAAGUACAGCAAUGUCAUUCAGUUGCUGCACAUUAAGAGCAACAAGUACCUCACUGUCAACAAAAGGCUGCCAGCGCUCCUGGAAAAGAAUGCAAUGAGGGUGUCCUUGGACCACGCAGGAAACGAAGGCUCCUGGUUCUACAUCCAGCCCUUCUGGAAGCUGAGGAGUGAAGGUGACAAUGUGGUUGUGGGAGAUAAAGUGGUGCUGAACCCUGUCAAUGCCGGACAGCCACUGCAUGCGAGCUGCCACGAGUUGCUGGACAACCCAGGCUGUAAAGAGGUGAAUGCUGUGAACUGCAACACAAGCUGGAAGAUUGCGCUCUUCAUGAAGUAUAGUGACUACCGGGAAGAUGUCCUCAAAGGGGGGGACGUGGUGAGGCUCUUCCACGCUGAGCAGGAGAAGUUCCUCACCUGUGACGAGUACAAGAAGCAACAGCACAUCUUCCUGAGGACCACCCUGCGCCAGUCCGCCACCUCGGCUACAAGCUCCAAGGCACUCUGGGAAAUUGAGGUGGUGCAUCAUGACCCUUGUCGAGGGGGCGCAGGCCACUGGAACAGCCUCUUCCGAUUUAAGCAUCUGGCAACAGGAAACUACUUGGCUGCAGAGAUUAAUCCAGAUUACCGAAAUGACCAGCUGGAGUCAAAGGGAGUGAGCGAGGGGGACAUGUUGCCGAUUAAAAACAAGCGUCAGAUGGUGGAAAAGAUCAUUUAUACCCUGGUGUCGGUGCCCCAUGGAAACGAUAUCGCAUCCCUCUUUGAGCUUGACACCACCACUCUUCAGAGAGCCGACUCUCUGGUGCCCAGGAACUCAUACGUGAGAUUAAGGCAUCUCUGCACCAACACGUGGGUGACCAGCACCAACAUCCCCAUUGAUGUUGAAGAGGAACGGCCAGUGAUGCUGAAGAUUGGAACCUGCCCAACCAAGGAAGACAAGGAGGCAUUUGCCAUUGUCUCUGUGCCGCUCUCAGAAGUCCGGGACUUGGAUUUUGCCAAUGAUGCCAGUAAAGUUCUUUUAGCCACUGUCCAGAGGUUAGAGAGUGGUGCCAUCUCUCAGAAUGAAAGAAGGUUUGUGACAAAGCUUCUGGAAGACCUGGUUUUUUUUGUUGCGGAUGCGGUCAGUAAUGGCCAAGAAGUCCUGGAUGUGGUUAUCACCAAACCAAACAGGGAGAGGCAGAAGUUAAUGAGGGAGCAAAAUAUUUUGAAGCAGAUCUUUGGAAUACUGAAAGCUCCUUUCGUGGAUAAAGGAGAAGGGCCAAUGCUGAGACUGGAAGACCUGGGGGACCAGAGAUAUGCUCCAUACCGAUACAUCCUGCGGCUCUGUUACCGCGUCCUUCGCCACUCACAGCAGGACUACAGGAAGAACCAGGAAUACAUUGCUAAGAUGUUCGGCGUUAUGCAGUCCCAAAUUGGAUAUGAUGUGCUGGCGGAGGACACCAUCACUGCGCUGUUACACAACAACAGGAAGCUGCUGGAGAAACAUAUCACUGCAAAGGAAAUUGAGACAUUCGUCAGUCUGCUGCGCAGGAACAGGGAGCCAAGGUUUCUGGAUUAUUUGUCAGACCUCUGUGUAUCCAACAACAUUGCCAUUCCUAUCACCCAAGAGCUCAUUUGCAAAUUUAUGUUGAACUCAUCCAAUGCUGAUAUUCUCAUUCAAACAAAGCUGCUCUCGAACCGUGGGGAUUUCAGCAUUGAGAGCCCUCUGCUUGAGGAGGAUGGUGAAGAGGAUGAGGUCUGGUUGUACUGGAUAGAUGGAGACAAGGAACCUCAUGGCAAGUCUAUCCGCCAGCUUGCUCAGGAAGCGAAGGAGGGCAACAAAGAAGAAAAUGACAUUUUAACCUACUACAGGUACCAGCUGAACCUUUUCGCCAGAAUGUGCCUUGAUCGUCAGUACCUGGCUAUUGACCAGAUCUCGACUCAGCUCGGGGUGGACCUCAUCCUGCGCUGCAUGUCGGACGAGGAGCUGCCCUACGACCUGCGUGCGUCCUUCUGCCGACUGAUGCUGCACAUGCACGUGGACCGGGACCCCCAGGAGUCCGCCACCCCCGUGAAGUACGCCCGGCUGUGGGCAGAAAUCCCCACCAAAAUCACAAUUCACGAGUACGACUCAGUCACAGACAUGUCUCGUGAUGACAAAAAGAACAAGUUUGCUCUCACGAUGGACUUUGUGGAGGAGUACCUGAAGGACGUGGUAACCCAGCCAUUUCCUUUUGGAGACAAGGAAAAAAUCAAGCUCACGUUCGAGGUGGUGAAUUUGGCUCGGAACUUAAUAUACUUUGGGUUCUACAGCUUUAGUGAGCUUCUGAGACUAACAAGAACAUUGCUGGCCAUUCUAGACUGUGUUCAGAAUCCCACAUCCUCGUAUUUAGAAAGACUAAGCAAGUUUCAAGAUGGGGGGAACAACGUGAUCAGGACAAUCCACGGAGUGGGAGAGAUGAUGACGCAGAUGGUUCUGAGCCGAGGGUCUCUCUUACCUGGAAUUCUGGGGGAGGGACACGACACCCCAUCCAGGAGUGGGCAGGCGAAGCAAGUGCAAACCUCAGAAAAUGAGGACGUGACCGUUAUGGACACAAAGCUGAAAAUAAUCGAGAUAUUGCAGUUCAUUCUUAGUGUCAGACUGGACUAUCGCAUCUCCUACAUGCUGUCCAUCUACAAGAAGGAAUUUGGAGAGAGUAGUUCCUCUGACUCCCUGACAAGCUCACCGACAGAGACUACAGUGCCAGACCUGGAGGCUAUCGGAGAGCAGGCAGAGACAAUGUUUGCAGGAAGUCAGGAGAGGAACUCGGUGGAACUGGAUGAUGAAGGGGGGCGGACGUUCUUGCGAGUCCUUGUCCACCUGAUCAUGCAUGACUAUCCUCCUCUCGUGUCCGGUGCACUACAAUUGCUCUUCAAGCAUUUUAGCCAAAGAGCGGAGCUCCUCCAGGCUUUCAAACAGGUCCAGUUACUUGUCUCUUCUCAGGAUGUGGAUAACUACAAGCAGAUCAAAGCUGACUUGGACUUGCUACGCCUCACAGUGGAAAAAUCCGAGUUAUGGGUGGAGAAGAAAGGGAAUUAUAGCAGCAGUGAGAACCAGGCUGAAGGAGCAGAUGAUGUGAAGGCCGAGGAUCCGGGAAUCCUGAGCCCUGUACAAGACGGCAACAAAAAACCACAAAUAGACAGCAACAGCAGCAAUAACUACAAGAUUGUGAAGGAGAUUCUGCUCCGUCUCAGUAAGCUGUGUGUACAGAGUGCGCGGAGGAGCCGGAAUCAGCAGCAACGCCUCCUGAAGAACAUGGGAGCUCACACCGCUGUGCUGGACCUCCUUCAGAUCCCGUAUGAGAAGAUAGACGCCAAGAUGAUCGAAAUCAUGAAUCUGGCCCAUGGAUUUGUGCAGAAUUUCUGUGCAGGAAAUCCACAGAACCAGGCCCUCCUCCAUAAGCACCUCAACUUGUUCCUCAAUCCCGGUCUUCUGGAAGCAGAAACCAUGCGGCACAUUUUUCUGAACAACUACCACCUCUGCAACGAGAUCAACGAGAGGGUCAUCCAGCACUUUGUACACUGCAUCGAGACACACGGCCGGCACGUGCUCUACCUGAAGUUCCUGCAGACCAUCGUGAAAGCAGAUGGGAAGUAUGUGAAGAAGUGCCAAGAUAUGGUGAUGACUGAGCUGGCGAAUGGAGGAGAAGAUGUGCUGGUCUUCUACAACGACAGAGCUUCCUUUCCUCUCCUGUUGCAAAUGAUGUCCUCAGAACAGGAGCGUUGUGAUGAAAAUGGAGCGCUGAAUUAUCACAUUGCCUUGGUUGAGCUACUGGCUACUUGCACGGAGGGGAAGAAUGUGUACACUGAGAUCAAGUGCAACUCCCUGCUGCCUCUGGAUGACAUCGUGAGGGUGGUAACCCAUGACGACUGCAUACCUGAGGUGAAGACAGCUUACGUUAACUUUGUGAACCAUUGCUAUGUGGACACAGAGGUGGAGAUGAAAGAGAUUUACACAAGUAACCACAUUUGGAAGCUGUUUGAAAAUUUUAUUGUUGACAUGAAUCGGGUUUGCAACUCCACAACGGACAGGAGGCAUGCAGACACUGCGCUGGAGAAGUAUGUGACAGAGGCGGUGAUGAACAUAGUCAGUGGGUUCUUCAGCUCCCCGUUCUCUGACAAUAGCACAAGUCUGCAGACACACCAGCCAAUAUUUAUCCAACUGCUCCAGUCUGCCUUUAGAAUUUACAACUGCUCCUGGCCAACUCCAUCUCAGAAGUCUUCAGUGGAGUCUUGCAUCAAAACUCUGGCUGAAGUUGCCAAGAGCCGAGCGAUAGCAAUCCCUGUAGAUCUGGACAGUCAAGUCAACGCCCUGUUUUUGAAGACCCACACCAACAUGGUCCAGAGAGCAGUGAUAGGCUGGCGAAUGUCCACCCGUAGUGCACCCCGUUACAAGGACUCGAGUGGGGGGCCCUGCUUGGACUACAGGAGCAUCAUAGAGAAGCUGCAGGAUAUAGUGUCCACACUAGAGCAACAGUUCCAGCUCAUGGUGCAUGCUGAAUUUUCGGUGCUGGUCGAUGUUCUCCACAGUCCAGAGCUGCUUUUUCCUGAAGGAAGUGACGCGCAGAUAAGAUGUGAAAGUGGGGCCUUCAUGAGCAAAUUAAUUAAUCAUUCUAAGAAGCUGAUGGAUAAAGAAGAGAAACUCUGCAUUAAAAUUCUUCAAACACUGAGAGAAAUGCUGAAUAGGAAGGACAAUUUUGGGGAAAAGGGCACCGUUCUGAGGAAGAUCCUUCUGCUCCGUUACUUUGGCAACCACCGUAGCAUCUACAGAGGGGAUGGACACAGCAGCGGCGUUAAUGCUCCACUGACCGCUGGGAGUUUCUCUAAGGCGGGACAAGCCGGAGGCAGCUCCUCAUCGGAUUCAGACAAGGGUGGGAUUUCUGUCUACGACAUUCAGUGCCACCUUGACAGUGAAGGGGCAUCUGAGCUGGUCACUGACCUCAUCACAAACACAAAGAACAGCAGGAUCUUUGAAGAAAGUAUUAUGCUUGGCAUUGCCUUGUUAGAGGGAGGAAACACCCAGACCCAGAACUCAUUUCACCAUCAGCUGAACGAGCUGAAGAAAUCUGAGAAAUUCUUCAAGGUGUUCUACGAUCGAAUGCAGGUGGCCCAGCAAGAGAUAAGGGCCACGGUGUCAGUCAACACUAAUGAUCUGAGCAAUAAGAAGAAGGAUGAUGAACCUGACAUUGUGGCACCCAUCAACAGGAAAAGAGCACGGGACUCGACAGUUCACCUGAAGGAGGGAGUGAAAGGACAGUUGGUGGAGGCUUCCGUUGCCACGUGUAAAGCCUACUACAUGUAUAGGAGAGAGAUGGACCCGGAGGGUGACCUCAUCCCAGUGGGAAAUGACUGCAUUGGACUGGAGGAGAAAUCUGGAGAUGAGGAGGUUAUGAGCCCUCUAAUCACUAUAAUGGAGCCAAUCCUAAGGUUCCUUCAGCUGCUAUGUGAGAAUCACAACCUCGAGCUGCAGAACUUCCUUCGGCACCAAAACAACAAAACCAAUUACAACCUGGUGUGUGAGACACUUCAGUUUUUGGAUUGUAUCUGUGGCAGCACCACUGGUGGUCUUGGACUGUUGGGACUCUACAUCAACAAAAAGAACGUCUCCCUCAUUAACCAAACACUGGAAACAUUGACUGAAUAUUGCCAGGGACCCUGUCAUGAGAAUCAGACCUGCAUUACCACCCAUGAAUGCAAUGGAAUUGACAUCAUUAUUGCAUUGAUCCUCAACGACAUUAACCCUCUUGGAAAGUACCACAUUGACCUGGUCUUGAAACUAAAGAACAAUGCUUCUAAACUUCUACUCUCGAUAAUGGAAAGCAGACAUGACAGUGAGAAUGCUGAACGAAUUCUGUACAACAUGCGUCCAAAAGAACUGGUUGACGUGAUAAAGAAUGCCUACAGUCAAGGUGUGGAGGUUAACGAUGAUGAAAUGUCAGAUGAUUAUAUCUCUCCAAAGGAUGUUGGUCAUAAUAUUUAUAUCUUGGCUCAUCAGCUAUCACAGCAUAACAAGCUACUGCAACAGAAGCUUAAACCUGGGUCGGACCCACAGGACGAGGGUAGUGAAGCUUUAAUGUCUUACGCCAGUCGCACUGCACAGAUUGAGAUCGUGCGCCACGACCGAACCAUGGAGCAAAUUGUCUUCCCCGUGCCGAGCAUUUGUGGGUAUCUCACACACGAGUCAAAAUGGAAGGUGUUCAACACCACUGAGAGGGAUGAACAGGGCAGCAAAGUGAACGAUUUCUUCCAGCAAGCCGAGGAUCUCUACAAUGAAAUGAUCUGGCAAAAGAAGAUCAAAAAUAAUCCAGGCUUGUUUUGGUUCUCGAAAAACAUGUCGCUCUGGGGAAAUAUUUCAUUUAAUUUUGCAGUAUUUAUCAACUUGGCUGUCGCACUUUUCUAUCCAUUUGGAGAUGACGGUGAUGAGGGUACCAUUUCACCCCUGUUCUCGCUGCUGCUCUGGGUAGUGGUCAUCGUUUGCACUGUCUUGCUUAUCCUCAUACCAAAACCUCAUGGAAUAAGACUAUUUACUGUGUCAGUAAUGUUCCGGUUUAUAUACACGAUCGGGCUGGCACCAACGCUGAUACUCUUGGGUGCUCUCAAUCUGUGCAAUAAAAUCGUGUUCUUGGUCAGUUUUGUUGGGAAUCGUGGAACAUUCACCCGUGGUUACAAAGCAGUGGUCAUGGAUGUAGAGUUUCUAUAUCACGUGCUCUACGUUGUUGUCUGCGUGUUGGGUCUCUUUGUUCAUGAGUUUUUCUACAGUUUCCUGCUGUUUGACUUGAUCCACAGGCAAGAAACAUUGCUAAAUGUAAUACAAAGUGUCACACGCAAUGGUCGAUCCAUCCUCCUGACAGCAGCACUGGCUCUCAUCCUUGUCUACCUCUUCUCCAUUGUGGGUUUCCUUUUUCUGCAAGAUGACUUCAUCGUGGAGGUUGACCGACUGAUGAAGAACAAGACUUCUCUAUCAGAUCAACAGAACAGAUACAGCUCAUCUUGGAACAGUAAGGAGCAAGUGUGUCGAGAGAACUGUUCUCUUUUGCCUGUUGCACCUACAGAGGACCAAGAUGAUACCAUGCUAGAACAAACCUGUGACACGCUGCUAAGGUGCAUCGUUACAGUAUUAAACCAGGGGUUGCGGAAUGGAGGUGGCGUGGGUGACGUCUUGAGGAAGCCUUCAAAGAACGAACCUUUGUUUUUUGCACGUGUCGUCUAUGAUCUGCUGUUCUUCUUCAUUGUCAUCAUCAUCGUCCUGAACCUAAUCUUUGGGGUCAUCAUUGACACAUUUGCCGAUCUGAGAAGUGAGAAACAGAAGAAGGAGGAGAUCCUGAAAACGACUUGCUUUAUCUGUGGGCUCGAAAGAGACAAGUUUGACAACAAGACAGUGUCCUUUGAAGAGCACAUCAAGUUUGAACACAAUAUGUGGCACUAUUUAUACUUCAUUGUUUUAAUCAAGGUCAAGGACCCAACUGAGUACACAGGACCAGAAAGUUACGUCGCACAGAUGAUAAAGGAGAAGAACUUGGAUUGGUUCCCUCGGAUGCGUGCCAUAUCUUUGGUCAGUAAUGAAGGUGAUAGUGAGCAGAAUGAAAUCAGAUGUUUGCAAGAUAAAUUAGAAUCAACCAUGUUUCUGGUGGAACAACUGUCAAGUCAGCUUUCGGAACUGAAAGAACAGAUGACGGAGCAGAGGAAGAACAAGCAGCGUCUGGGAUUUCUUGGAUCCAACACACCUCACGUGAAUCAUCAUGAGACAGCUCAUUGAAGACUUUCUGAAUUCAGGACCUAUUUAAACAGGAUAGUAAUGAUUCUUGACACCAUACUUGGAAUCAAAUGCCUUAAUAACUGGAUGGAAGCCAUUGAGACGGACUCACAAAUGGCCAAAGACCUGCUGUCAUAUCCACCCAUUAUAGAGCCACUCUGUAGAAUGCAGGCUGAGCUUCAAUGUUCAUGCAAUCUGUGUCCACAAUGAACACAUCGGUGACUCAUGGCUGACUACAAGACAGUGACUGACUAUUUUUAACUUCAUUUCAUUCCUUUGGGGGGUGGUGGUGUAAGUAUUAGAUUUCCAUUCCCCGAGGACGUAGUGGGAAUGGACAUCCUCUUGAUUCAGCCACUACAGUCAAAGUACACGUUGAAGCCCGGAUGGUGCCUCAUGCAGAGAUCCUCUUAUCUUUGUGGGCAGAUGGUGUCACAGAUGUGAGAAGGGCAACUAAUUUACCAGAGUGUACCACAUAGAUUGUACUUCCUGCAACUGUCCCUACAACUUCAGGCUAUGCUGAGAGCUGUUCAUUGAGGAUUGCUCCCGCUUCAGCCCUCAAUCCAGUGGAGAGUGGUCCUUAUGCCCUUUACUUCACCUUGGAGACGAUACAGCCACAGAAACCCCAACUCCUGAUCUCCAUUGUAGCCCCAGUAUUGACUGUAUGUGAAUGCCCCAAAUAGUGGUAAAUGCCAGUAAUACUUAGACAGAGUCAUAGAGCACUACAGCACAGAAACAGGCUCUUUGGCCCAUCCCGUCCAUGCUGAUAUUCUCUUGUUGGAGAUGGUUACAGUCUGUUCCCAUGUGGUGUACAGCUUCUUGUCUUGUGUGGUUUGAAGGUUGCCAAAGACUUCUGACACAACUCAGGUCUUGUGCACUCAUCCAUGGCUUUCCCAAUUCCUGCAGUUUUUCCACCCACCACCUGAAAAUGGGAGAUCAAGGUCCAGCAGGGAUGUCCAAGGGCUGCAAUGAUUGGUCUUUACUUCCAUUACACUGGGUCCAACUAUACCAUGAUGGCUCCACCUUGAUCCACUUGGUCAUAUGCUGCUUUAAUGUCGAGGCUGGUCAUUCACACCUCAUCACCGGAAUUUGCUUCAUCUGCCCAAAUCUGUCAUGUAGUCUUUGAGCGGAGGCCCACCUCUGAAACCCAACUGAGCAUCAGAGGGUCAUUAGCCGAUAGAUAUUGUUCAGCAGCACUUCCCAUCACUUUGCUGAUGAGUAUGAGAAGACUGGUCAUUGGCCAGGUUAGAUUUACCCAACUCUAUGUUGAUAUACAUUGGCAGCUUUAUCUGUUGUUGAGUAGGUGAUGUGCUUGUGGUUCUAAUGAAAUAGCUCAGCUCAACAAAGGAUAAAAUAAACAAUGAGCUGUGUAAACAACCAGGGUCAACAAAUAGUCUGCUGAAGGAAGUCAACGUGUUGAGUCGCUUCUGUUGGGAGGGUAGGAGCUAUUGACAGUUCAUAUGACAUAAAACAUUGUAGCACAGUACAGGUCCUUUGGCCCACAAUGUAGUGCUGACCUUAUAACCUACUUUCAGGUCAAUCUAACCUUUCCUUCCAACAUAACCCUCCAUUGUUCUAUCAUCCAUGUGCCUAUCAGAGUUUCUUAAAUGUCCCUAAUGUACCUGCCUCUAUCACCACCACAACCCAGCAAUCUCUGUGUAAGAAACUUACCUGUAACAUCUCCUCUAUAUUUCCUCCAGUAAUCUUUAUAUUAUGCCCCCUAGUAUUAGCCUCUCAUCCUCCUUCUCUCCAAAGAGAAAAGCCCUAGCUUGCUCAACUGAUCCUCAUAAGUCAUGCUCUGUAGACCAAGCAGCAUCCUGGUAAAUCUACUCUACACACUUUCUAAAGCUUCCACAUCCAGGCGACCAGAACAGGACACAACAUUCAAGUAUGGUCUAACCAGGGGUUUAUGGAGCUGGAAAAUUACUUUGAGGCUUCGAGUCAAAACCCUGCAUAAUUACUUUCCUUCCUCAACACACUAAGUUCCUCCAGCAGAUUAUUUAUUGCUCCAAAUUCCAGCAUCUGUAGUCUUUUGUGUCUACAGUUCAAACAGGAAGUUGUUGACCCCCACCCCUCCUCCAUAGCCUUUGCAGUGUCUGAUGUCCUUGGCCAUUUCCUUAUGCCAAAAGGAGAAAACCAAAUGGGCUGGUUUGGAUUAGUAAUGCUAGACAGAGGCCGAGAUGGAAUCACUACUUUAGAAGAUGUUUGUAAAUACUCUUGGGAAAGUGGCGCAGCUGGUAGAGUCACAGCCUCACAGCGCCACACAUCCUGGGUCAAUCCCAACCUCUGGUGCUGUCUGUAUGGAGUUUGCACAUUCUCCUCCGUGACCAUGUGGGUUUCCUCUGAGUGCUCCAGUUCCACAUGCUGGGUUUGGUAGAUUAAUUAGUUUAGCAGAUUAAUUGGCCAUUGUGUGUAGGCAAGUUUUAGAAUCUGGGGGAGGUUGAUGAGAAUGUGGAGAGAAUAAAAUGGGGUUAGUUCUUAACCUUGGUGCAGUUAGUACUUUGUGCCUUUAAUCCUGAGCACUUCUGUUUCUCACUUGGUUGCAAGAUGGUGACCACAGAACAAUGGUGCAGUUUAAAAGUAGCCUAUGUGGCUACAGGGUCUCUCGUGAUCUGCCUGAGGUUAUUCUCUGUGCAUUUGCUUGUGUUGCCUUUCCACCACUUCUCCUCCACAUUCCAUCUUCCUGGACACUUUCACCUUGGGGUGAGUUCAUGUGUUCUUAUCAUUAGGUCAGGUCUUUCUGUUGGAAAUGAUGGAAGAACUCCACGGGACUCCAGCAAACUUCUUCCUGGUAAGAAAACCAGAAUUGGGCCAGUGAGGUCUGAAGUACAGAUAUAUUUUAUUAACUAAAAGGGCAGUGAAAAUCCAAAACACCCUUCUAGGAAGAUGUGGACAUCAGCAUCACUGGCCGCGUCCAAGAGGGGGCUUAGCAUCAUGCAGAUGUUUCUGUAAGAAGGAGAAGAAGAACCAUAAAUUAAUACUUUGACUUUGGGCAAAGUAAAGAUAGCAUGCAAAGCAGGGGCACAGUGCUGAAUAAAUGAUACCUUUGGAAACUGCAGUAAGUUUCCUUCAACCACUGCACAACUGCACUUCGAGCACGGUCUGAGGUGUAAAGCUCAUACAGGACACUGGAGUGGUUUCAGUGAAGAGGAGCAGGGAAUAAGUGGCAUUAAAAGCAAUGGGUACUUUGCAUUCUUGGAUGGGGCUGGGGAGGCUUGUCACCUACCCAAAGCUGUGCUACUGAGUUUCAGUCACAUUUCUUUGACCAAAUACUCUCUCACUCUCUUAAAGCCAUGCAUCUAACCCUUUGAUAUCAACAUGUUUCCAAAGGUACUAAAGUAAAAAUAAUAUUUUUAUACUUUGAUCCAUUAAUUUCAAAAGUUGUGUGACAUUUAAAAUAUUAAUUUUGGACCUUAAUGAUAGAACUAAUUGUGGGUAUCAAAGAACCCGAGGAGCUUUACUUUUCAGAACAUGGUAUUUGAAUGUUCAUUUCAACAACUUGCAUGAACUGUAAAAUAGUGGGGAGCAAUGGUUGUUAUGAAGCUUUGUAAUUGGUGUUAUUUGUGUUGCCUUUGCAAAAAGAGAGGUAAAGGUCUCAACUAGCUCUGACUGGAUGAUGUCUUUGUACCUUUUAAACUAAUAAAGCAUAUCUUUUUCAA